AUGAAAUCAUGUAAUCAUGUUAGGAGCUCGACAAUAAAUAGAACCUACGAGCUUCCCGAUGAUCAAGUGAUCACGUUAGGAGCCGAGAGAUUCAUGUGCCCUGAGGUUAUUUUCCAGCCGUCUUUGGCCGGGAUUGAAUCUCCCGGUAUUCACGAGGCGACUCACAACUCGAUCCUCAAGUGUGAUAUUGUUAAGAUAAGAGAGGCUUUGUAUGGAAACAUUGUGUUGAGUGGUGGCACGACGUUGUUCCCUGGUCUUGCUCAGAGGAUGACCAAAGUGAUCACUGCGCUUGCACCUGCUGAUAUGAAGAUUAAAGUUGUGGCUCCUCCGGAUAGUAAGUAUAGUGUUUGGAUUGGAGACUCCCUUUUGGCUUCUCUUCAACAGAUGUGGUCCAUGUGCAUGACUAAGGCUGAGUAUGACGAACAUGGACCGGCAAUUGUUCACAAGAAAUGCUUCUAA